CGGAGCCAUGAGGGGGCCGCGGCUGCGGGGCCGGCGCGGGGCGGCCGCGGGGCUGGCGGGGCUGUCUCUCUGCGCCGCCGUCCUGCUCUACCUGGCCAAGUGCACCUCCGAGGGGCUGCGGCCGCUGCCGGGACCCCGCGGGCUCCCGCACGGCCAGCCCGCCGCUCCCCCGCCGCCUCCCCCUGAGGAGGAGGCCUUCCUGGCCGUGCUGAUCGCCAGCGCGCCCCGGUACGGCGAGCGCCGCAGCAUCAUCCGCAGCACCUGGCUGUCGGCAACCGGGCCGCCCCAACGCGUCUGGAGCCGCUUCGUCAUCGGCACCGGCGGGCUGGGGCCGGAGGAGCUGGGCAGCCUGGAGCUGGAGCAGAGGCGGCACCGGGACCUGCUGCUGCUGCCCCAGCUGCGCGACUCCUACGAGAACCUGACGGCCAAGGUGCUGGCCGCCUACGUCUGGCUGGACCUGCACUUGGACUUCCAGUUCGCCUUGAAGGCCGACGACGACACCUUCGUGCGCUUGGACGUGCUGGUGGAAGAGCUGAGCGCCAAGGAGCCGCGGCGGCUCUACUGGGGCUUCUUCUCCGGCCGCGGGAGGGUGAAAUCGGGCGGGAAGUGGAAGGAGAGCGCCUGGGUGCUGUGCGACCACUACCUGCCCUACGCCCUGGGCGGCGGGUACGUGAUUUCUGCCGACCUGGUGCGUUACCUGCGGCUCAGCAGAGACUACCUGAACAUGUGGCAGAGUGAAGACGUCUCCCUGGGGGUCUGGCUGGCUCCCAUCGACGUGAAGAGGGUGCACGACCCCCGCUUCGACACCGAGUAUAAGUCGCGGGGUUGCAACAAUAAGUACAUCGUGACUCACAAGCAGAGCAUCGAGGACAUGCUGGAAAAGCACCAGACCCUGGCUAAAGAGGGAAAGCUCUGUAAGGAGGAGGUGAAGCUCAGGCUUUCCUACAUGUACGACUGGGGAGUGCCUCCUUCACAGUGCUGCCAGAGGAAGGAUGGCAUCCCCUGAAAGGCUGAGGGAGGAAAAAGGUGGAAUGUUGGACUGUGAGCUUGGUUACUGUUACUUGAGGGGGAAGAAUCCCAGUAACUAGGGCUUCAAGAUUACUCAAAAGAUUUUUUGCACGAUUCACAAUCAGUGACACCCUGAAAAUCCUAAGAGCUGCUGAUGUGGCAUGAUCUAGAGAUGUUUAAAAAAAAGAGGAAUAGGUGACAAAAAGCGUGGGAAGGCUCGUAUGACAGGAUUGAGGGCAAAUAAUAGGUUGCUAAAUGUGGGUAGUAAAGAAAAUCUGGGGGAGCUGGCUUGGCUGAAAAGCUGCUAGGAGAUUUCUAGCAGACCCUAAGGCUUAUUUGCUGAGGAUUCAAGACAGGCCUUG